ACACGUGUACCCCAUGGCUUGUCACAAUUAGGGAAAAUGGCUGAUGAAUCGUCGGGACGUGUUUUGACAAUUUUGGUUGCCUGAGCUCCGAUGGUCGCGGGUCGACGAGGAGUCACGUCGCGGUGGGAAGCGUAAUUUCCGUGGUGUUCCUAGCGGUGGUGCCGUCGUUAUGUAAAGUCCCAGUCAUCCGUUCGCUCUGCGUGUCGCCCGCUAAUCGUCCGCUCGUCCCGUGCGUAACGUUGGUUCGAACAUGUCUCGAUCUGCUCCUACCGUCGGGCAAUACUUUUUCAAGAGACCGAUAUCACCUCUUUAUCCAAUAACGAAAUCUGUGCGCGAGGUGAAUCGCACUAUCAAUCACACACGAUAAGUAAUUUCAUGUGGCGCACAAGGGUUGCCGACGUGCGAAUCUAGACACUCGACCCGUCAUUUUUUCGCCCGAGGUGACAAUGCGACGAACCCACUGCAUUCUCUGACGGAACGUCCUCCAUGCGGCUAGGUGAAUAUAACACUUGUGAAAAGUCCGAGUCGCAUCAUGCCGAAUUAGAGACGUGCGUCUUGUACAGUUUCCACAAUCAUGGCGUAGUCGAGGGAUCAGUAAGGCAAUAAAAUGCCUGUCAUGCAAAUUAAUAAUGGGACAGCACUUUGCUAGUCUCAGAGACUUGUUUAGAAUGGAUGGUGAAAGACAGCCUACAGAGAUAUGCGCUAAUGCGCUCGGCCACCCGUUGCCCUCGGAAAUGGUGAAUCGAGAUGGCAGUGAGAGCUUGCCCGAUAGCGAGACUAAUGGCAAUGUACCUGUAACGAAUCCUAAUAUACUGCCCAACAGACCAGAAUGUAAACUAGAGGGGAAUUUGGACAACGAUCAUUUAAACUUAGAUGUAGACAACCAUAAUACUAGAUUCGAAUCUUUGUAUAGUCAACCCGUCGAAACUCCGGAUACGAAGCAAGUUUGUAACAAUGGUAACGUUACGAACGAGCCGCCAUUUAGGCAACAGGAAGCGUGUUGCGAUAGUUCUGGCGGUAGCAACAGUAGUAGCAGUUCCGAGGAUAGUCCUGUAAAUCCACCCUUAAGAAGAUCCUCUAAAACUUUGUCAUUUGGAAAGAGAAAAAAUAAACAGCGCAACAAGGAUCAAAGCCCAAUAUGUAAUCACGUUUUAUCGUCGAAGAAGAAACGUAGCAACUGGGUAUUAAAAUUUAACUGCGCCAAGAGCAAAAGCUCGAAAAACACGGACAUUAUUCCCGGCCAGGGGAACGGUAACUCCGAUUGUAUCUGCACCGGUUACAGGAGAACCGAGGAGCAUCCUAUGGGUGCGGGCAUCGUGUUUAAUAGUCGAUCCGCUCCGCAAAGCCCCGUCCUCGGGCCUUUGCCACCGAGUCCCGUAAUUGAUUUAUCGCGAUUCAACCCCGAAGAAUUUCCUAUGGAAGAUUGCGACGAACGCGCUCGAAUGCAACGCGCUCGAGAGAUGGAGGAAGGCGUCGAGCCUCCUCCCGGUUAUAGGCCUAAUUAUCCUACUGGAAUACAAGUUCACCCUAACGGAAUAACGGUGGACAGUUUGGCGGCGUUGUUCCAAGCACAUGCCGGCAUACAAGCUGCCGCUCUUACAGCCUUAUCCCAGAUCGACUUUACGUUAAUUCCAAAUAUCGAAAGGCCUGCGCACACGCAGGUGGAUUAUGUCCAUUGUCUCGUACCGGACUUGAGAUCGAUCACAGCCUGCUCCUUCUAUUGGGGUAAGAUGGACCGUUACGAGGCAGAACGUUUAUUAGAGGGCAAGCAAGAGGGUACGUUCUUGCUGCGAGAUUCCGCGCAGGAGGAAUUCUUGUUUUCCGUGAGCUUCCGUAAAUAUGGGCGCUCGUUACACGCACGGAUCGAGCAAUGGAACCAUAAGUUUAGUUUUGAUUCACACGAUCCAGGAGUUUACGCUUCCGAAACAGUAUGCGGUUUAAUCGAACAUUAUAAGGACCCCUCGUGUUGUAUGUUUUUCGAGCCCAUGCUCACUAUCCCGUUGCAUCGGAAUUUCGCAUUUCCGCUGCAGCAUCUGUGCAGAGCGGUGAUAACCACGCGAACAACAUACGAUGGCAUAAACAAGCUGCAGUUGCCAAAGACACUUAAGAGCUAUCUCAAAGAGUAUCACUAUAAGCAGAGGGUGCGAGUCAGGCGAUUAGACACGGAAAGCGACUCGCACACGGACUGUAGAUCCAUAUCAUGUUUACCGAUAUGAAUCUCUUCGUAUUAAUAUUCGAUAGAAUUUUAUUACAUGUUGCAUAAUUAUGUUUCUUUACCCAUAUUUACAGUUGUGCCGCCGUAUCAAAUGCGAGCGGUACGUGCAUACGACAUUGUAAUACCAGGAAUAUCAUGACUCUGACAUACACAGUUACACAGAAUAUCAUUGCAAUAUUAGCAAUAAAAGCAUUGUACUCGUCUUAAGCGAUAAUAGAUACCGAGGGAGACGGCGUAGUAUAAUUAAAGAAAAAAUAAUAAUAAUAAUGAAGAGGGAAGAGAUAGAACUUGUGUGAUUUUAGGCACGACAAGUGCCUAUGUUCACUUGGCGAACUUUAGUAAUCUUAUAUGUAAAUACGUCAGGACGGCAGUGCUUCGUACACUUACACAGUGUAUUGCGAAAUCGUGUAUUAUGUAAACUUCAAUAUCAUUGCUAUUGUUCUUAUUAUUACUACUACACUUAUUUCUUUAUUUUAUUCCUAACUACAUGAUCUUUUAACCAUUAUUUUGAAUAUGUGUAAUUUUAUCUUAAUUAAAGUUACGGGAACAGUUUGUAUAUUGAUAAUUUUUAUAGAACGAUACCAAAACUUAUGCCUGACAGGCGCGACAAUUUAGUCUUUAUUAUUACAAAACUAUGAUGUCAUCAAAUUUAAUCUUUAUACAUAGUUGAAGUUGUAAAAUGAGAGGGAGAAAGAAGGAGGAAAAGAGUCAUUGCAAAAUCUGGUUCGUAUUACUCCUAUUGUGCCUAUUUAUAAUGUUAAAUAUUAUUAGAUAAAAGCUGUCUGUGUUGACGUUUCUCAUUGCCAGAUACAAAAAUCUAUAAUUUGUGUAAAUUCUUUAAAUUCCGACACGUGGAGAUAAUAUCAGAUGCAGUGAAUUAAGUUUGGGGUAACAAUGCAAAUCAUUGAAUAUUGAGAAAUUUGCAAAGUAUAUAAUAUUAUAGAAAUUGUUAAAAGUAUUGGUUAAUGGUUAUUCGUAUAAUGAACUUCAUAUUAAAAAAAAAUAAAAAUUUAAUAUUUA